UCGCGUUUUUCUGUCCUAUAAAAGCCUGGUGCGAGUUAUAGUUCCUACACGACUGUCUUCUCCGGGUCAAUCUUCACAACAAUAUACUCUUCUUGCCACCAUGAGGCGAAUUCUUCUCUCGAUUUGCGUCUUGGCUCUCAUCGGCUUUUCAGCGAGUGCAAACACACUUCCUGAAGAACAGUUCAACGCUGACACCGUAUACACCGAAGCAGAGAAGUGCGCGGCCGAGGAAAUCAUUCAGCUCGGUGACAUGCUACGUUAUGUAGCGCAGCAGCUAGGUGAAGACGAAGAACUAAACGCUGCGUCCGAAGAAUACUUCUUACGGGACCUGUGGAGAAAAACUAAGGCGGCCCUGAAAAAUGCCACGAUGAAAGUAAAGGUAGCAGUUAAGGGCGCUUUGAAAGAAGGCAAGGAUCACUUGACCGAGGCCGCAAAGGUAGCGAAGACCAAGCUCAAGGAGAAGGCGAACGAGGUCGUUCUAAAUAUUUUAUCCAGAACCAUGACGGUCUACGCCCUGGAAGAUUCUAGAAGCAACCUUGACAUUCGGAGAAAAUUGUGCAAUGAUAUAGACCGUGUGGGAGAGCGUCUCCAGAAAUUUGGCAAUGCUAUGGCUACAGCAGACAAGUGAUGACAAUAAAUGCGAACUAAGCCAUAGUUC